GCUUCUCAAAGUGCGCUAUUGGUUGAAUGCUGACGCCUUCGUAGCAAAUGCCUUAUGUUAAUCCGCUGUUUCAAGUCUCUUGAUGGCUUUGCCUUUGAUACUGUACUAUGAAAGGCUUCGCUUUUCCACUUGGAUAUGAUCUUUCCCCCAGAUCUUGGAAUCAGUGGAGCAACUCGAGGUUCUACUGCUAAUUGUGCUAAAGGCAGAAUGUUUUCAUCAACCUUCCUGCUGCUUUUCAUUGCUGUUGUGGUAUGCAGAGAUCAGAAUGAAAAUGAAAAGUGUGAGGUUUACCCGAAAGAUCCAGUCGUUUCCAAGGGUGAUAACAUCCGAGUCAUGUUCAGAGCCCCAGACAACAGCCUCUGUGGUAACUUUGGCUCGUAUAGUCCUGAGAAGGUAUUCUGGAUGCUGAAUGAUGAGAAGAUUAAUGAAACCCUAUACACCAUGGUCAAUUCAACCAUCCCUGCUGUGGACGUUCAGAAUUUCACCGUCCGAACUGGAACGGUGACGUGCCACAUCUAUGUGGAAGGAAAGAACACCAUUCUGGGAGGAACUAACAUAAAAUUGCAUGUUCCACCAGAGAAACCAACAAAUGUAUCCUGUGUAACAGUUAUAACUGAAGGUUUCACAUGCUAUUGGCAUAGUGGCGAAGACACUUUGUCGGACACCACCUACACUGUUACAAGGAGGGUACAUUGGUUUAAUGCCACAGAAAAUGAUAGCUGUACAUCAAGAAGCAGCCCUUGCUCAUUUCCAGAUUUAUUGUUCUCCUCUGAAGUAUGGGUGACUGCCCGGAGUUCUCAGGGCGAAGCUAAUUCAGAUGUUUUGGAUUUGAAGGACAUUUAUUCAACAGUGAAACUCAGCCCACCUCAAAAGGUUAAGGCAGAGCGUCCUUUUAACACUGUGGAAUUGACUUGGGAAGGACCAAAGAUUGGCUUUAACCGUGCUUUGGUCUAUGAAGUGCAGUACUCCUAUCAGCAAGGAGGCCCAAGCCAUAAGCGUGUGACAAAUUCCACUAGGCUCCGCAUUAAUCUGGAGACACCAUGCACCCGCUACACCAUAUCUGUGCGCUGUGCUGUGCAGGCAGAACACAUACAUGUCUGGAGCGACUGGAGCCCUGACACCACAGUUAUAUCCCCUCUGGAUGUACACAGCAUGGAUUUACUUCUUUGGAGAAAAAUCCAGUCUGAUGAGAGUGGGAACAGAACAGUCCAGCUGAUGUGGAAGGGGGUUCCAACAUCUUGCGAUGCCAUUGAUGGCUACAGAGUUACUCUCAAGGCCGAAAACAACCGUACGACUGUACUAUUUAACACAACUCGCACAAAAGCGUCCAUAACUGUUGACAAGGAGGCAUACACUGUCAAGAUUGUCACUUACCGACGUGAAAACAUUUUAUCAGAAGAUACCACCACCAUACCGGCUCUGGAUGGAGAAGGUUUUCUGCCAGUGGAGGCAGCCCAUGUGUCCUCCCACAAUGGUCAAAUCAAUGUCAGCUGGAGGGCACCCUCUCAAUCACACACAUCUUACAUGGUGGACUGGUCUACUGAUGAUGAUGAUGAUUACAGUUGGCAGGAAACUAAAACCACAAACAUUGCUUUUAGUGGUCAGCCACUAAAACUGUACAAAAUUACAGUGACUCCACUAUACAGCAAAAGUUCCGGCCCGGAAACCAUCCUGAAGGCAUACGCGAAGGAAGGGGCACCGGGGGCCGUUCCGUGGGUGAACGUGACGGACGUUGGGACCGAGGGGGCCCUUGUCAGGUGGGCGGCUGUGCCCCCCAACGCGUGCUGCGGCUUCACCGUCAACUACACGGUGUUCUACAGGCCCGGCCCCGGCCCCGGCCCCGAGGAGAGCGUCACGGUGCCCGGCACGCAGCAGCGAGUGCGUCUGGGCCGCCUGCGGUCCGGCACCACUUACACGGUGCACGUCAUGGCCAGCUCCAUCGCCGGGGGAACCAACAGCAGUGACAGCGUCUUCACGACGCCUAGCUAUGGUUCCCACUUCAUCAUCAUGCUUUGGAUCUUCGGUGGACUUGCCGUAGUCCUACUCCCAAUGAUUGUGCUCUGUUGUUUCAUAAUACAGAAGAAGCAUAUCCUCAAGUCUGUGCCAAACCCUAGGGACAGUGACGCCGUAUCAUGGCCGUCUUCGUACUCUCCUAUGCCCCUCCUGUUGCCUUGCGAGGAGAGCUACUCUGAGAAGCCGAGGGUCUCCAUGCGUGAUGGUUGUGCCAGUCCCAGCCCCACCAGCACAGAGACUGCUCUGCCAGUAUCUCCUGACCAGCAACCAGACCCCGCCUCUGACCUGGGCCCCUGCGCAAUGAAAUGCCCACAGGAGCCCAUCAGGUCCCCACCCUACUUAUGGGAAUGCCCAGCUCCUGGAGAAUGGGAUGGGGGAAAGAAGGAGCCUGUCAGUCCCUACCUGGAGAACUGCAUCCCAUCUGUGAAGCAGAGGGUCUAUCCGUGUGGCGAGAAGGCAUGCAGGUCUACGCCAAACCCUCAGGGAUUCUCUGCCACGAUGCCGGCUUAUGUCUCUGUAGAAGGGCUCCAGGAAGGGCUGCUUAACCCCGUGCCAUAUGCACAUUUAUAAGGCCGUCUAAGUCGUGGCCAUAUUUCUCUAAAGAGUCGUCAGUGCACCCUAAUGUUUCACAGGGCUGGGAUUGCUUCCGUUUCAGAGCAGUCUGUCUGUUAUUCGGGUUGUUUAGACGAGGCAGUUUGGUGGAGCAGGUGCACAAUUGAUGUCAACUGAAUGAUUGUUGAUACAGUACAGGUAAAUCCUAUUCUCAACUAUUGAAAAUGGAGUGGAGCGUUUAGAUUCUGAAAGUUAAGUAUACCCGAUCGUGUUCCACCCUGACGCCCUCUCUCCUGCACAGCGCUAUACCUAAUCGUGUUCCACCCUGAUGCCCUUUCUCCUGCACAGCGCUAUACCUAAUCGUGUUCCACCCUGAUGCCCUCUCUCCUGCACAGCGCUAGACCUAAUCGUGUUCCACCCUGAUGCCCUUUCUCCUGCACAGCGCUAUACCUAAUCGUGUUCCACCCUGAUGCCCUCUCUCCUGCACAGCGCUAUACCUAAUCGUGUUCGACCCGGAUGCCCUCUCUCCUGCACAAUGCUAUGCCUGCCGUGGUCUCUCAGGGCUGGCACAUUCUGGUUUUGAUCACAGAGCCCAGAGUGUAUUACUACAUUAAAGACUUGUAUGUUAGCUUGGUGAUGCAUAAUAUUGAGACACAUUAGAAAGCAAAGAAGUUUAAUCAUUUCUUUGCAAAUCAAAUAAAAGCAAAUAAUUCUAUAAUAGUUUGAUUCUCAACUGAAUUCUCAACUGAAGGUUUUGAAGAUUAUAAUGGUAGUCUCCCUGAAACCAACUAAAAACAUGGUGUAAAAAAUGGCAUGGUGUACAAAAUGAGACCUUUUCACCUCAUUAUUAGAAAUAACGAAAAUAUAUCUAUCUUGAACCUACUGAGGCAUGAUUUUAUUUUAUACGCAACAUCCAGUAAAAAUAUAUAAUAUACACUGGUACUUUGACAAGUGAUAAGUGAGGCUUUAUGGGUGCCAGAAUGAGAGGGUCGCAUGUACUGCUGUAGCCUACCCACUUUCAUUCCAUGGUCAGAGUCACUUAGAUCAUUCUCCCCCCAUUCUGAUGGUUAAUGUGAACAUUAACUGAAGCUCCUGACCCAUAUCUACGUGAUUGUAUGUAUUGCACUGCUGUCACACCAUUGGCUGAUUAGAUAAUUGCAUGAAUAAGUAGGUGUAAUAAAGUAAAAAUGCUCAGUGAGUGUAUACACUCAUUAAAGCAGACCAGUCUUUUUAGUGCAUGACAAAGCCAUGUGUAUACUUCAGCACUGAAUGUCUCACCAAUUUUGUGGUUACAUUGUGCAAUGUCCUUUCCAGAAAUGAAUUGGAACAUUGUGUGUGCAUGGGAGAAAAAGCAGAAACGAAACUCAGAUUUGCAUCCCCUUCCAUAAAUGCUAGUGUGUACUGGUGUCAUGAAACCCCUUCAUGAGCCGCCGCAUGUUUAUACUCGGAAUGACCUGCUCUCAGUAUGUAGCCAGUUGUACCAGUUGGGCUCGCAACUGAGAGGCAGCUGUACUGCCAGUACUAUUGCUGCUUUAAACAAAGUAAAUAAAAGCUGAAUUGCUGCUGUAGAAAUAUCCAGCUGUAUAAACAGACAUAAGGGGAACAAGUUAUAAAUCACAGUUAUGGAACUAUGUUUAUUCACAAAAUAGGACCUCCAGGGUAUGUUCUUUACUGUUUUGAUCUCUUUAUAACCUUGUUCAUAAUGAUUGUGACCACCAAAAUAAAUUUUAAUGUAAAAUGAU